GAGGCAAUAAUAGAGCGAGAUGCCCUCCAAGAGCGGUCAAGUGACCAGCUCGUUCAAAUCUCAAGCCUGGAAGCACGGCUGGAUGAGCUCAGGAGGUCAGACCAUCCCAUGGCUGCCGAGAUGAGACAGCGGUUCACUCUGGUUCAGGAGGAUUUGGAGAAGAAAAGGAAUGAAUUGGCAAUAAAAGGGAGAGAGGUUGAGGAGCUACGAUUCAACCUGAAUGACCUCCGAGGAAAGUUGUUGUCCCGUGAAGACGAGCUGCAACGACUGCUGUCAGUUUCACAGCCUCACAGUCUGCCCCAGUCAUCAGCUGAACAGCUCCUGGCCAAACACCAAGCAGCUGGAGGAUGAGCUCAAAGCAAAAUCUGAUGUGAUCAAAAAAUUGAAGAAUGAAUUGUCUGAAGCAGCCAAAGGAAGUGGAAUGUCCUCUGUGCUUUCAUAUCGUCUUUUUGAUGACAAAAAUGCUGAAAUUGACAACUUGGCUCAGCGUCUGGAGGAUGUGAAAGCCAGAAUUAAGGAAGUGGCUUUACAGCUGUCGCAAGGGGGAAGUGUAGAGGAAGCAGUGAACAUGCUAAAAAGAAUUGCCUUUGAUGGGAAAUUCCAUGAGACUCUGGAUAGUAAUGACAAUACACACAGCCUGGAGGUGUUAAGAAGAGAUCCAGUUGAGGUUUCUCCAAGUUUGACUCCAAUAAUGAUACCAGACUCCAAGGAAAAAUCCAUGCCCAUAAGCCAGGAAGAGGACACAAUUACCACACAGUCAUCCCAAGACCUGUCGUUAAUGUCAGUACAACCAGACGUCCUGAAGGUUCCAGAUAAUCUGGUCUAUGAGACAUUAUCAGCUUCAACAGAGUUAAAACAGGUGUUAAAUGAGGUGAUUGAAGGAAGAGAUAAAGAAACUGCUGGUGCCUCUUUAAAUGAAAUAGAAAUGGGAACAUCUGAGGAGGGAAUUGAACCCAGGUAUGGAAAGCCUUCACCUCCAGAGCAGACAGCUACUUGUGGAGAAAUUACACUUACCCGAGAAGACUAUGAAAACCUCUGUUCUGCUAGUGAUGAAGUUACUGUCCUUAGAGUUGAAAUUGACCUUUUGCAGAAGGAGAUAAUCAGCUUAAAUGACUACCAGAAAAAACUGGAGGAUGACUACAGAAUAGCUCAAGAUUUAUUAGAGGCACGUGAGGAAGAGAUCACACAGCUGUCAGAGGAAAUUGAGGAUGUUGUACCACAGCCGUUGCCCUCAGAGACAAUCCAGUUGCAAGAUCGAUGCUUCAGACUGGAAGAGCAGCUGUUGGAGCUGCAAGGCAAGUUGGAAAACAUGGAAACCGAUUACGAAGAAGAAAGAAAAUGCCAUCAGGAGUCUGAAGAAAAGUUAAUGGAAUAUGGAAAGGAAAGAGAUAGGCUUAAAGAAACCAUCAGAGAAGGCUCAGAAAAAGUGAAGAAAUUGGAAAUGGAAUUAAGAAUGACUAAGCAUAGUUUAGAAGAGAAAACAGACCAGUUGCAACAGCUAAAACAAAAGUAUGCUGAGCAGGCAGUUGUACUUCAUUGUAAAGAAGAGGAGCUGCUUAAAAUGAACACACAAGUGGACCAAAUACAGGUGGAGAUGAAAGAAAAGUUGUCUCACGCAAACAGAGAGCUCUCAAAGAUGGAGCAACAAUAUCAACGAGAGAUAUUAGAUGUGAAAGAAGAGCAGAUUGUUAGAGAAAAGCAAUUAUGUAGUGACUACGAGGAACGCAUGGCAGACCAGGUGAGUGAUUUAACCAAACUGGUGCGGGACAAAGAAGAGACAAUAUCCAGGAUUCGCCAGUAUUAUGAGUCUGAACUGAAGGAGGCAGCUUUGCAAAAGGACCAAGCGCUGCGGAAGGCUGGUGAAUGGCGGGAGAAACUGAGAGUGGAGGAAGCAGGCGAACAGAGCCGGGAUAUUAACCGUUUGUGCGACUCCCUUGAAGAAUUGAAGGCAGGUGUAGCCCAGGAGGUUAACAAGUCAGAUCAGCUGGAUACAUCUCUGGUCACUUACCUAAAGCAGGGGCAGGACAGGGAGAAUGCAGGUCAUUCAAACAGAGCCUCUAGCACCUUCAGUGAUGUCAGUGAGGGAGAUGAGACUGGGGAUGUUGUCAGCAAGGUCCAGAAACUUAUGACAAAGGUUCAUCAAGAAGGUGUUCAGGUACUGACUUUGAUCGAGCUGAUGUUCCUCCAGAAGCACCAGUCACAUCUAAACACCACACAAAAGUCUCUCAUUAGUCAGACUGGCCUACUGGGUCUUGAAUCCCUUGACAACUCUAGCGUUGCCUCAAGAGAGGUGUCACCAAAAUCUGGGCCCAGUGGCAUUGAUGCACUCGGCAAUAGAGAGAGAACACAGCUGCUUCGUCGCAUGGCAAGUUUGGAGGAGGAGCUUGGCAAGAAGGAGAGAGAGAUGAAGGAGAAAGUUGAACAGCUAGAAUUCCGCCUGGAACAAGAGGAGAUAGCAGCAGAUGAACUGAAAUUGAAUACUGAAGCUGAUAAAAGAAGAAUAGAAAAGUUGAGUGAGCAGUUGCAUCAGGAAAGGCUGUCAGGUGCAGAUCAGAUCUCAGAAAUAACAUUUUUACGAUCUCAGCACACUGCCUUGCAGAUACAACUGCAAAAAGUGCAGGAGGAAAGGAAUCAUUUAAGAGAAAGCAUAGAUAGCACUCAGAAACAGAUUGAGACUUUAAGAGCAGACCUGCAGGCAGAACGCAGUAAUUUCAGCAGUGUCUCAAAAGUACUUAAUCAGCAACGUCGUUUGUCUUCCACCACCAAGAAUCAGCAGAAUCAGGUCAUUAAGGACCUGCGGGAAACUUUAGAGAAGGAGCGAGAGAAGAUCCUAAUGCUCCGUGCUCAGUUGAAUGAGGCUGUGAACAAACAGACGAGUAUAAAAUCAGCUAUGGGCCGGGCUUCAGCACGAGCCAGGAAUGCAGACAUUUUGGAUAGUAACAUCAGGUCCCAGAAUGAAGAUGUUAAGGUGCAGCUUGUUAUUGAACAAGAAAGAGUCACUGAAUUGCAAAGGUCACAUGAUAAGGAAGUCAUGAAAGUUCAGAACCUGACGGAACAGUUAAGGAUUGAGAGAGCCUCCUCGAAGGCUCUGUUGAUGGAGGAGCAAGGAAAAUGUGCAGAGUUUACCAAACGGAUCAGAAACUUGGAAGGAGAGAGGGACAAGCUUAAGAGACAGAUCGCCAGUGAUUGUGAGAGAAUACAGCAUCAAGAGUCGAGGAUUCGAGAGCUUGAGAGUGCACUUACUAAGCUGGAGGCUGAGUUGAGAGCCCAAGCGGCCGCCCACGAGAUGGCAUCCCACAGGGUCAGGGAAGGAGAUGCACAACUGCAUGCGUCGUAUACGUCUGUACUAAACAAGCUGGGCGAGGCUGAGGCGGAAGUCUGUUCACUCCGUCUUAGGAACAGCCUGAUCUCAAAGGACCUAGAAUUAGCCCGCGAAAAGGAAAUGCAACUUCAGCAGGAGUUGAACACGGAGAAGAUGGCCAUCAACAGACUGGGUCUUCCUGCUCUUGCAAAGAUAAAUAAUUUGAAUGAAUACUUCGAGCUGCAGCUGAAGGAAAAUGUUGAGCUUUGUAAAUCAGUCCUAAGGUUGACAGACAACCGCCACGCAGCACGUUUGAAGAUUGUUAGUUUAGAGGCCAUAAUCACAGAUCUCACUGAACAGUUGGUCAAGGCUAAGGCAGCUGCUAACUCAAGCCCAACACCAGAGAGAAUUCUUCGUAAUGAGCGCUCAAUAUGGGAGACAGAACGGACAGCUUUGCAGUCGCUUAUCUCACGCAAAGAUGCUGAACUUAUGAGGCUGCGAAGGGAAGCAGAAUCACGGCUUAGCAAUCAGAACUUCAGUGCCCCUGCAGAUGACUUGAGGGCUCAGUACAUCUAUGGGAAGUACCUACAAAGCGAGUCAUGGCGCAAAGCACUGGUCUUUCAAAAGAAGUACCUGCUUGUGGUGCUACAGGGCUAUGAAGCUACGGAACAGAACACCUAUUCUCGCCUCCAUGUGAUGGCCGAGCGAGUGUAUGGUCCAGGGACUAGUUCAUCGAGAGCUCCUCAGCCGAGGGCCCAGCCAAACCAUAGAUUUAGGGUGCGUGUGUUGGUAGUGAUAGCUUGUUGCAGAAUAAGAUACAUGGUUCAGAGAUCGAAGAGAAGUAGAAGACUAGGCUCGCAAAUUCUCCUCCCAAACCCACCCACGUCGGCAGUCGGGACUCCAGAGCCUACUCAUGGCAGCAGGCCGGACUCAGCAGCUAGUGGACCAGGUUUACCCCUACGCUUUACAGACGAGACCAGAGCGUCAUUAACCUUCAACAGAACUUCCACUGCUUGCGGUGGGAUUACAGGUCACACACCACCAACCAAAGAGACGACAAACAGCCCUAGUCUGCAACACCAAGCAGCAUCAGUAACUCGCAGGAGUCUUUUUCGAGAGCAGGAAUCGAGCCUUGAUGAAUACAUUGAGCGGCUUGGCAACAUACACUCCAAAUUAGGAUUAACUCCCAGGAAUAAUAAUUAAUAUGAUUGCCAUUGUGUUUGUGUGUAUGUAAGUUGUUUUAAUUAUCAUCUUGACUUUCACAAGAUAUGUAUAGCUUUUGUGACCCUGAUUUUGCCUAGUAUAGAUUGCUAGCAAGGUGCAGUGCAUCAUGCUGUGUGCCAUUGAAUAUGCCCCACUGAAAGCAAAGGCUUUAAUGUUCCUUAGAUUUUAUGCCAGAUUAAUUUUACUGUUUUGUCUAAUAGUUAGGAAGAAAUAUUUUAUUACCAGAUACUUAUGGAAGUGAUAUACCAAUGAUGUUAAUUUUUGCAGCUUUAUAAUACGUUAAUUGACAAGACUUUUUAAUGCAGACCAUAUGUAAGACGUGUUUGUAGAAAUGUGGAUGCUUCGAGUGAAAGGGUGAGGAAGAGAGUUUUGAAGAUGUGAGCGGGUGUGAUAUUUUCUUUCCAAAGAGGAUAAGUUAAUGAUAAUAUUGCAUAUUUGUUUCUCAUAUUGAUCUGAUUUGGUGAUAUAUAAUUUUUUUUUUCUUUUCUUUAUAUAUGAACUAAUGCUAAUACAUGUUCCUCGCUAGGUUCCUAGAAAUCAUAUCAUAUAUAAAUGCAUGAUCCUGUGCAGGACUUCUUGCUUGAUAACAAUGUUUAAAUGAGGCACAAACUUUUCUUUUUCUCUUAGCAUGAAAGCAGAUUUCUUUAUUGAUAAAGUGAAACUAGAUUUUCCCUUUUGUAUAAAUUUCCAAUAGUAUGAUGCUAAAAAAAAAAAGCUUUGAGCCUUUUCAUUCCCACACGAAAAAGAAGUAAAAAGUACAGCUGUUUUCUUUACACCUUAACUUCCAGAUAUGCACUUGAAGGAGAAAGGAGAUUUUUAUCAUUUUUUUAUGAUGGGAUUUUAGAGUCGUCACUCAUUGAACGCCGAUGAAUAGCAGAUGAUUUAACAAGAUAAUUGCGAAUACCAAAUAUAGGUUUAAUCAAAGGAAUUGGUCUUUAUGUAAAUCACAUGCUAUAAGCUUCCAGUAAGCUGAAUAGAGGAAAAUAUUGUUAUGUGCUGUUUCCAUAUUUCCAUGCUGAUAUCAAAGUGAAUGUAUACAAGAGUAUGUUUAUUUUGGUCUUGAAAAGACGCUUGGUGAUUAUGGAUAUGUAAAUCUUCCUUGGUUAUUCAUUUUGAGUGUUCAUUCUUUUUUUAUAUGAGAAAAAUAAAAAGUUUUAUGCAA